GCUGGCUGGUUUCUUGUGUUGUUUUUUUUCUUUGUUAGAAAUUCGUAUGUUCGUAGUAUAGCGAGUUCCAACGAAGCAAAGGCCUGAGGUAACCUCUAAGAAGGAAUCUAACUAUAGCUGCCAAGAUUUUGUGUGCCUCUUUUGCUAAAUUCGUAAAUAGGCCUCCAUUGACCUAGAAUUUGUCUCUUUGGUGCUAUACUGUUGAGUGGAAUUCUAGCGUUUUAUGCAAUACUUAAUCAAUCGAAUUCAACAGUUUUGGUUAGCCAGGCUAUUUAUGCUAGAAAAAAAUGCGUUCAAUUACGCAAGCAGUUAGCGAGAAAUAUUCUGAUGAUGACGAGGAUACGUCGGGGUCAGGAUUCAUUUUGUUUGUUCCAAGAUCUUCACCAAGAAAAAGAUUACCCAGCACAUUGAUUCUCGAUCAUUGUGAAAUUGAUUCCGUGGGAGAUGAACAAUCUUUGAGCUCUAUGUGCCAUGAAGUCAACGAGCUUGACCUUGCUCAUAACCAAAUUUCCAAGUGGACAGAGAUUAAUAAAUUGAUUAGCUGUCUUCCUAAGCUGAGUUUUCUCAACUUGAGUUAUAAUGCCUUGGGAAGUGUUAAUGUGAAUGCACCUGAAAGUUCAUACCCAUCUCUGAAGAGGCUGGUGUUAAACCGUGUUGGGAUUCAAUGGAGUGAUCUUGUUCCCUACCUGAUUCUCAUCCCUAAUUUGGAGGAACUACAUCUGAGCUUUAAUCAGAUUGAAAUUUCGGUUGAAGAAGAAGAUAAUGGAAAAACAAUCAGUGAAAUUUUUCCGAAAAUAACAACUUUACAUUUUGAUGGAAAUCGAGUUGAAAAUCGCGACCACCUGCUAUGGCUAUCAUUAAAAUUUCCGUCAUUGACUUCUUUGGUUUUAUGCGACUGUCCCUUGUGGACUUUAAGAUGGAAUUCUCCAGCAGCCCGAAAAGCACAGGGUACAAGUAUGUCCGGAAGUUCUUUCCCAUCAUCCAGCGGUAGUGCUGAUUCUUCAUCUAUGGCUUCGUGUUCUGGUGAUGGAAAGACAAGUCCGUGUUGCGUUCCUUUCCUCGAUCACGAUUGCAGUGAUCAUGCAAAAGAAAACUUCGACGAAUCUUCUAUGUUCCCCCACUUGCGAUCCAUCAGUCUAAACAACAGCAUGUUUGAUUGCUGGGAAGAAAUUGGUCAGCUUCGCAUUUGGCCAUCUUUGGCCGAACUUCGCAUGCAGUCUUGUCCACUUUUUCGGAAACUGACCGAGCACGAGCGACGUGAAUUGACGAUUGCGCGCCUCCCUAAUUUGCGUCGGUUGAACGGUGGCGGUGAUAUUAGCGCAAAAGAACGCGAAGAAGCCGAACGCAAUUUUCUUCGUCGAUUUCAUGACUGCGAAGUGAAGCCAGCAAGGUAUCACGAGUUGCUAGAAAUUCACGGUCACGUGGCCCCGUUUGCUGAAGUGAAACUAGCUCCACCGAAAGUAGCCAAUGUUUGGGUAAGGUUUGGAGAGCAGCGCUGGAACGAAAAAAGCCUAUCAUUAUACAUGACUAUGAAAGAACUAAGAGAAAAAUUCAGCUUCACAGUCGGUCUUCCCGCGUCAAAACUGCGGCUCUGGCACAUUGAUAUCCAUCCCAUGCUUAUGCGUUUUCCUGCAAAAAGAUUGUACAGUUACAACUUGAAAGAUGGCGACGAAAUCCUGAUCGAUGAGAAAUUAUGUUGAUUUUUACUCUUUGUUUUGUCGUUCAACGUAAAUUGGUUGUGGAUCAAGCUGUGAAGUGAUUUUUCUCAUUGUUAGUUGGUAGCUUAAUUUGGGGGAAGUAAUUAGUUAAUACCGGAAAUCAGAUGUAUUCCUAUCGUAUUGGUGAAAUCAUAGUAGUGAUAUAACACGCAUCGAAGUAGCCUAAACUUGUCCGAAUAUUUGUAAUUUGAGAACGCGCAUGCCGACGAACGCAUACCGAUUUUUAGUUUAGUAAAUAAAUUCACGAUCGUUCAAGUUA